AUGUCGUGGGAUGACGAAGACUUUGAUAUCCCCAGUGCCGGUAAGGAUGCUGUUCUUUCCUGGGAAGACGAGGGUGACGACGAACCAUUGUUAGAAGAAUCAUGGGACGUUGAUGAGGAAGAAGUGGCCAGAAAGAAGAAGGAAGCUGAAGACCAAAAGAAGGCAGAAAGGGAAGCUUUGAAAAAGAAGCAAGAUGAAGCCAAGGCUAAGAAAUUACAUAAGAAGUCCGGUGAACGUACCCUUAUGGAAAUUGACGAAUUAGAUGAAGAGACUAGAAAGGAAUUACUUAAACAAGCUGAAUUACAAUCUGAUUUAAAUAAUGCUGCUGAUUUGUUUGGAGGGUUAGGUGUUGCUGGUGAUGAUGAUUUUGAUAUUAAUGCUCAUCCUAGAGAAAGAUUGGCCAAAUUAGCUGCUGCUGCUAAAGCUAACCAAAGUAAAAGUGGUCCUAAAUUAACCAAAGAUACUCCAUUGAGUGCUCAUCCUAUAUUCCAACCUACCGAUAAAGCAGAGUUUGAAAAGUUAAGAAAAGCUUUGUCUACCACUUUAACCGAGUUAUCUGAGGAUUCCUUAUUGAAUUACUCUUCAGGUUUGGCUAUUGAUUUAAUUAGAGAUGUGGCUAAACCUUUGUCCCUUGAGAAUGUUAGAAAAGUGGUUUCCACUUUGAAUGUUUUAAUCAAAGAUAAGGAAAAGGCGGAAAGACAAGCAAGAUUGCUGAAGGCUGGUGGUACAGCUACUGGUGGUGCUGGUAAGAAAAAGGCAAAGCCUGCUGUUAAGACUAAUGUUUCAAACUUCAAAAAAGAUGAGUUUGAAGAUUUGUCUGCUAGUUAUGAUGAUUUUGGUGAUGAUGAUUUCAUGUAA